AACGGUAAACGGUUAAGACUACUAUAUUUAUCUUUCUCGUGAAUUUAGUGGUUUAUUUAUCUCUACUUUCGGUUUUGAAGUUUUCGGAAAUUUGCCGUUUUCGGAAAAUGCAUUUUAAUGGACGACUUAAAAUUGAGGGCAGACGACAUGAAAACUGAGCUAUAAUAGUUAUAGAUUUAACUCCAAAAUGAAGUGCCCAGUCAGCACAUGUGGUGCUGAGGGGUCAGGUGAAUUUUGUCAUAGGUGUGGGACAAAGAAAGUUGAUGUUUCAAAAGAUAAUGCUGUGAUAAGCUGCAAUGGUAAACUUGAAAAUGGAAGUCUUUGUCAGGCACAAUUAGUAAAAGGACAAAACUUCUGCACAUGUUGUGGACACCCAGUGGACCAGUCACUGUUCGACUUAUUGAACGAAACAUGUAGCAACUGUGACACUGUCCUUGUUGUUGGGAAACCAUUUUGUGCAGGGUGUGGCCAGAUGCGAUUAAUCCAAGGUCAGAGCAAAACUGAUGAUAAGCUGUCUGGAGAAAGCACGGCUGAGGAGGUGCUGUUAGAAAGUAACCCUGUUUCUGACACUGCAACAAGAAAUGAAGGAUACAGUAGUGAGAUCAAAAAGGAACCCAUACUAGCUGUAGAAGAGGAAGGUAUUCAUACUAGGAAAGAAGAUAUUAAAGGCCAUGAAGAACAUAACAAAACCAGUGGUAAAGAAAGUCAGGAUGCCAAUUACACACAAAACCAAUCAGAUAACACAGACCAGGUUGUUGCAGAGGAAAGUAGAAGCGUAAACAAAGAUGUAAGAAAUGAAUUAAAUGUUGAGAAGGAUUCUGUGGAAACUAGUUUUAAACCAGAUUCCACUGAGAAAAAGUCUAACAGUUCUGAUGAUUCUAAAGAUUCCCAUAGUGAUGCUACAGAUCCAAUCAAAGACAAAACUCUACAAAAUGAGGAGGAAAAAGGGAGUGUAACCAUGGAUUCUGAAGAUGAUUCUGAGUUUGAUAUUGGUGAAACCAAAGAUUGUGGUGGAGCAGCCUCCUUAGGCACUGAUAAUGAUCUAGGCUCUGGAACUCUUACUGGGGAAGCUAAAAAAAAACAAAAGAAAAAUAAGAAGAAAAGAAAGAAAGACAGAGAUUUAAGUAAACAAGAUGAUAAGACAGAUGAUGCGAAAUCUAAGAGCCAAGAAAUUGAUAAAACAAAAUCAGAGUCCAAAGAAGAUAUAGACAAAAAAAAUCAAGAAAUUAAAUCACUAGAAACUUCAGAUAUGACACAAGCAAACCCAAAUGAUAGUGAUGGCAGAGUCUUUGGACAAGCUAAAAAUUGGAAAACACCAGAAAAAGUUGAGACAUCCAAACCAAAUGAUUCAAGCAUAUUCAACACAAGCAGCAGUAACGAUGCUCAAGGAAAUGUCACGCCAGUACAGGAUGAGCAAAAAACAACGCCAGUACAGGAUGUGCAAAAAACAGAAGACGAUUUUGUUGAUCCAAAGUUACGUCCUCCUGAAAAAGACAAAUCUACAGAUGAAGACAAAUCUAGCUCAGACGAUGAAAAUGAUAAUGAAGGAGAUAAUGGCAAUAGAGGCAUACAAGAAAAAGAUGGAAAUGAACAGCUACCAAAUGAAAACCAAGAGAGUUUAAGGGAGACAAAUCCUGCAGUGAAGGAGACUGAUAUUGACACAGGGCAAACUGUACAUAUACCUGAAACACAAACAAAAAGAAAGAAAAAGAAGAAAAAAAAGAAAAAGAGCAAGGAUAAAGCUACUGUUGAUGCAGGCAGUACAACUCAAAGCAUAGGAGUAAAUACAAGGAGCAUGACUGGAAAUGCUGAAGAAGAGUGGUCAGUAACAUUUCAUGUUUUGACAAGUGAAGAUUUUCAUUUUGAUCCUGAUAAAUACCAGGUCUUUAUUGUGAUGGGCAAUAAGGAAAUGGGAGGCUGGAAAAAUAAAAAUAGGCAAAUGAAAGUCGAAAGGCAUGUAGAGGGUGAUAUAUAUGAACUGGUGUCUGAGGUAACCAUACCUUUUAGGCUUAUUGAUAGCAGUAACUAUUUUCCAUACAAGUAUUAUUUCAAGAAAAAAGACAAGGAAGGAAAGUAUGAACAUUACAUUAGAGGUGGAAAAACUGGGGAGAAUGUCAAUAGAAUCCUGUAUGUUGAUAAAAAAUACAAAAAUUUUGGUGAAUGGCACCAGUAUGAUGGGUUUGCUGAAAGAGAACCUGACAAGGUUUCUGUGGGUAAAGUGAAAGAGGUGUUUUCUUUUAAAGGAGAUUUUAAAAAACAUGCAGAGAAAGCUAUCCAUGUGUUUUGUCCACAACUCUCUGAUUUGGACAAAGUCGGCUUUUCAAACAUCCUCUGUAGAAUACAAAUGCUUUUUGAAUCUUUGUGGAAGAUUUAUUACUCAGAUACUAGAUGUUGGUCGGAUAAAUAUAUGGCAUUUGUUGAUUUCUUUGGGAAGAACUUGGUCCAAGCAAUGUUUGAUCUGUGGAAAAUAGACAGAGAUCAGUCAACAGCAAGUGAGGGAGAACGAGAACAAAUUUUGAACGGAUGUAUUCUUGUUGUAUGUGCCUUACAUACAUUGAAUAUUAACCUACAGGAUUCAAAAUUUAUUCAGACACUUUGCAAAGCAAUGCUUAUAAGAAGAGGAAAGAAAGAAAAACAAUGUCAAAAUUACCAAUUUAUGGAACAGAAUUUUCAAGAAAAAAGGCAGUCUAUUUCGGAUAUAUUGCUGUCUUUAGUAAAAACUUUGGCAGGAACAACAAAAGAUCCAUCCUGGCUCUACCUAAUGCCGUGGGUACAUUUUUUCUCUGGCGAAUCAUCACCCUUUGAAACUCAGAUUGUAGAUGUUUCACAUGACAGUGAAAAACCUGUGUGGUGGGGAAUUGCUAAAAUUGAAAAUGAGGUGGAGUAUUUCAAAGCAAAAACAGGACAAUGGGCAAUAAAAUUGGAGACAAUUUUAGAAAAUUUGGAGCCAUUAUUUGUGAUGGAUCAUCUCCUACCACGUACUUUUAUGACAGUGAUAAAUCUGAAUGAGUUGGAAAAAGUCAUUAUGACAGGCAAAAUACCAGUUGAAACAUGUUUGGCUACUAUCACCUAUUACAUUAAGAUCUACCAACCAGAUGUGCAUUAUUAUCAAAACAGAUGUUAUUUUCUAGAGCCAAGCCUUGAAGAAAAGAUGGUUGGUAAAUGCAUUGGUAGUCUACUGGACCAACUUAAAACAACUGUUUACAGGUAUUUAUAUUGAGAUAAAAGUUUUAAAUUCAUUCAUUUCCAUAAGACUAAUGUUAACA